AUGACCAAAUCAAUAAAAUUGUUGAAGGCAUCUCUAUUUUACUUCCCGGUUACUAGAAAUGUACUUUCCAGGACUAAAACUACGUGGUCCCACGAUGGAUUUACGCAUCAUAAGCUCUUCAUUGGAAGUCUUGGGCUUCGUACUACGUCUGAGACUCUACAUCGAAUUUUCUCCGCCUAUGGAGAAAUCAAAGAUGCGUUUGUGGUUAGAGAUAAAUUCGGUGUGAGCAAAGAGUAUGGCUUUGUGAUUUUCAAGAAUAUAAGGAGCAUGUUAAUGGCAUUGAAAGAGCCUUACAAGAGUCUUGAUGGUAAAAUGACAAUUACAAAAAUUGCUAGAUCGAGGAUUAGAGAUGUAGAGGAUGAGUCUCUACGUACUAUUUACGUGUCCAACGUGCCACAUGACAUGUGUCCAGGUAAAUUGUUGGAGUACUUUUUGUCUUAUGGUGUCAUAGAAAAGGGUCCAUUUGGUUUCGAUAAGGAAACAGGAAAAUCAAGAGGACACAGUUUGACUUGUGAAAUGGCCAUCCCGAAGACAAUGAUGAAAAAUCCACAUGUUGGUCCUAAUUUAGAUUUCGAUUUUGGACCUGGUCUACAUGACCGUUACAAUAAUGCAAGAUCAAAGUUCGAUGGUUGUAGCUCGAGGUUAGAAGUGUCACUAGUUGGUACUCCCACCCAAAAUCCCUUUGAAAAACAAACACGUUAA